GCAAAUGCUAUCAAAACAUUAAAUAGCUUCUGUCAAUUAAAUUUAAAAAUUUUGUUCGUUCCCAAAGUGAAUUAAGGCGAAACAAGCUUGUGUGUUUCAUAUAUAAAUGUAAAUUUUAUGUAAAAGUCGACAGUUUAAUCAUCGAAGCAAUGCCGAGCGAGAUAAUUACAUUGCAAUUGGGCCAAUGCGGCAAUCAAAUUGGUUUUGAGUUUUGGAAGCGUCUAUGCCUCGAACACGGCAUAUCACCAAGUGGUGUGUUGGAAGAUUUUGCUACCGAUGGUGUAGAUCGCAAAGAUGUUUUCUUCUACCAGGCGGAUGAUGAUCAUUAUAUACCCCGGGCUGUGUUAUUGGAUUUGGAACCACGCGUCAUUCAUUCUAUAAUGAGUUCACCAUACGCAAAGCUCUAUAAUCCGGAGAAUGUUUAUUUAUCGAAGCAUGGCGGUGGCGCUGGCAAUAACUGGGCUUCCGGUUAUAGUCAAGGUGAAAAGCUGCAAGAGGAGGUUUUUGAUAUCAUCGAUCGGGAAGCAGAUGGUAGCGAUUCUUUGGAGGGUUUUGUGCUCUGUCACUCAAUAGCUGGUGGCACUGGUUCCGGUAUGGGUUCUUACAUUAUGGAACGUUUAUCAGAUCGUUUUCCAAAAAAGCUGAUACAAACAUACAGUGUUUUUCCAAAUCAGGACGAGAUCAGUGAUGUUGUCGUACAGCCAUAUAACUCGUUGUUGACACUGCGUCGGCUAACUAGCUGUGCGGAUUGUGUUGUAGUACUCGAUAAUACGGCACUAAAUCGCAUUGCUACUGACCGACUACAUAUACAAAAUCCUAGCUUCACACAAAUUAACACUUUAGUUUCGACUAUUAUGUCUGUCAGCACCACAACACUACGUUAUCCUUCCUAUAUGAAUAAUAAUCUGAUUGGUUUGACAGCACCUUUGAUACCAACACCCCAAUUGCAUUUCUUAAUGACGGGAUAUACGCCAUUGACGACAGAUAAUGAUCAAACGGUUAAUGUACGCAAAACGACAGUGUUGGAUGUUAUGCGUCGCCUAUUACAACCAAAAAAUAUGAUGGUAUCUACGGGACCUGACAAAACCAACCAUCAUUGUUAUAUUUCCAUUUUGAAUAUAAUACAAGGAGAAGUAGACCCUACUCAGGUGCAUAAAUCACUACAACGUAUUCGAGAGCGCAAAUUAGCACAGUUUAUUCCUUGGGGACCUGCGAGCAUACAAGUAGCGCUAUCACGUUCAUCACCAUACGUGCAGAGUAGUCAUCGGGUUUCAGGCCUGAUGCUUGCUAACCAUACCAGUAUUUGUUCGCUUUUUGAACGUGCGCUUGGACAAUAUGAUAAACUUAAAAAACGUGGUGCCUUUCUUGAUCAAUUUAGACGUGAAGAUAUAUUCAAGGAUGAUUUGUCUGAAUUAGACGACUCACGCGAUGUUGUCGAUUGUUUGGUACAGGAAUAUGAAGCCGCCACUCAAUCAAAUUACUUGCAGUGGUCGGCGAAGAAAGGUCAAGAAGAAGCCCAUUAAUUUUGUAGGGGGGGAAAAGUCAUAUAUGCAUAUCUAAAUAUGUAACAGAAAUAUAUAUACUAUUCUGCCUCAUGUUGCCAUAAAAAGUUUUCGAAGCAAGUGCAAAGAAUUUAAUUUAAUCCUUUCACAUUCAUUUUUACUAAUUACAUUGAACUCUUUCGAGUUUCAUUUUUAUAUUUUUGCAUCUCAUUUUGGGAGUACUCACUAAUACAUACAUUUCUAAAAUGUAGUUAUAUGAAUAUAAAGCAACAUUGUUAAAUUACUGCAUAGAUUAGUAAUGUUACUCACGUUUAAUUUAAUGUAUUCAAAGAAUUCUUGAAACCAAGUUCAUCUUAAAAAUUCAAUUUUCGGGAAUAAGUGCGCUCUAAAUUGAGUUUUUUAAUUAUUUUCUGACAAUAUUUGAUCGUUUUAUUAUAUG